AUGUUCGACAAAACGCGGCUGCCGUUAGUGGUCCUCGAUGUGCUGUGCCUGUUGCUGGUUUCCAUGCCUACGGCUGUUCUAAAUUUGGGCCAAAUAUAUCCAUUUCAGAGAGGCUUUUUCUGUUCUGACAACAGCGUGAAGUAUCCGUACCAUAACAGUACCGUCAGAUUCGUUAUUCUCACCGCAGUGGGGCUUGGCUUACCCAUUUCCUCUAUGAUUGUCGGAGAAACCCUGUCUGUUUACUUUAGUACCUUGCGAUCAAACUCCUUUGUCAACAACCACUACGUCGCCUCUAUUUACAAAGCUGUGGGCACGUUUUUGUUCGGAGUCGUAGCUAGUCAGUCACUGACUGACAUCGCCAAGUACUCUGUAGGCAGACUGCGGCCUCACUUCUUGGCCAUCUGCAACCCAGACUGGUCAAAGAUCAACUGUAGCGAUGGUUAUAUUGAGACCUACGUAUGUCAGGGGAGUGCCGCGAAAGUCAGGGAAGGCAGGCUGUCCUUCUACUCGGGCCAUGCUUCGUUUUCUAUGUACUGCAUGCUGUUUACAGCACUUUACCUUCAAGCCAGGAUGAAAGCAGAGUGGGCAAGACUCCUACGCCCCACGCUGCAGUUUGGGCUUGUUGCUUUUUCCAUAUACGUGGGCCUUUCUCGAAUUUCUGAUUACAAACACCACUCGAGCGACGUGCUGGUUGGACUCAUUCAAGGAGCUGUGGUUGCAGUAUUCGUUGUUGUGUAUGUAUCAGAUUUCUUCAAGAGCACACAUUCUUACAUAGAAAGAUCAGAGGACGACUCGACUGGACUGAAAACACCACCACGGCAGAACAUAGCUAAUCGAACAGUCAACCAGCCUUGA